AUGAAGCACUUUUCAGGCUUCCUGCCUUUCCUUACUGUCGUACCUCUAGCACAAGCAUUCAGUAUACCAGCGCCCAGGCAUGCUCUACCAGCCCCAAAAGUACAGAACCACCAAUCCAUUACUGCCAGAGAUGUAUGCAGUGGCAAUACAGCGGAAGAUCGAAGCACAUGGUGCGACUACGACCUGAGCACCAACUACUACGAAGAAGUCCCCGAUACCGGAGUGACGCGCGAGUACUGGUUCGAGGUUACAAAUUCUACAUUAGCACCGGAUGGCAUAUCUCGAAUUGUUCUGUCGAUCAACGGCUCGGUGCCUGGGCCGACAAUCUAUGCAGACUGGGGCGACACUGUGACAGUGCAUGUUACGAACAGUCUGACGAACAACGGCACGGGUAUACAUUGGCAUGGGAUAAGGCAAAACUGGACGAACUCAGAAGAUGGCGUGCCAAGCAUAACACAAUGCCCUACAGCACCGGGUGAAAGUCAGACGUACACAUGGCGCGCCACGCAAUACGGAUCUAGCUGGUACCACUCUCACUACUCGCUCCAAGCUUGGGAGGGAGUUUUCGGCGGUAUUGUCAUCAACGGUCCUGCUACCGCGAACUAUGAUGAGGAUCUUGGUAUCAUGUUCCUUAACGACUGGGAUCAUCAGACUGCAGAUGCCCUAUACACAUAUGCCGAGACGAAAGGUCCGCCGACGCUAGAUACUGGCCUUAUCAACGGCACGAAUACCUGGCUCAACGAGACUGGCUCACGAUGGGAGACUUCUUUGACAUCCGGAACAUCGUACCGCCUUCGUCUUGUGAACGGAGCUAUCGACACCCACUUUGACUUUACUAUCGAUAACCAUACCCUGACCGUCAUUGCAGCUGACUUUGUACCCAUCGUACCAUACACGACAGAAGCACUCAGCAUAGGCAUGGGACAGCGAUAUGAUGUGAUCAUAACAGCCAACCAAGCAGAUGUGGCUAGCGACUUCUGGCUCCGCGCGAUUCCAGAUACGUUCUGUAGCGAGAACCUCUACGGGCAUGACAUUCGCGGCAUCAUACAUUACGGCAGCAGUACCGGCACACCUUCGACAACUUGUUACGAGAUUGAUGAGAAGGAAUGCUUUGGCGAGGUCUCGAGCAAUCUCGUGCCGUACUUCGAGCUGGAUGCCGGAUCUUCGGCGGCGCUUGACGAGAAUCUGGCGGUCAGUGUUGGCUUCAACUCUGAGAAGCUUUUCAAGUGGUACAUCGGUGGAACUUCCAUGAAGAUCGAGUGGGCAGAUCCAUCUGCAUUGCAGGUCAUCAAUAACGAGACUUCAUGGGCGGAUAGUUCUGGCGUCAUUGAGUUUGAGGGUGACGAGGACACAUGGGCCUACAUCAUGAUCCAAACGACCAACGCCAUCCCUCACCCUAUCCACCUCCACGGCCACGACUUCUACCAACUCGCCCAAGGCACCGGAACAUACGAGUCCUCCGCUCCAACCCUCCAGACCUCCAAUCCCAUUCGCAGAGACGUCACUAUGCUGCCUGCCUCCGGCUACGUUGUGAUCGCCUUUUCAGCCGACAACCCAGGUGCCUGGCUGUGCCAUUGUCACAUUGGCUGGCAUACUGAAGAAGGUUUCGCGUUGCAAUUCAUUGAGCGGUAUGACGAGAUCGCCGCACUUUAUGAUGCGGAUACGUUGGAGGAUGGGUGUAGUUCGUGGUCGACGUAUCAGAUGGCGGCGAGCUUGGUGGAUGAUGGAAGUGGUGUGUGA